AUGGGUCGCAAAAGCGAGCACGCGAUCGAGGGCUUGUUUCCCGCUGCUGGGUUUCCGGGUGUCUGCGUCGCCGCGCAGAUCGACCUGUUCCAGGCGCAGCAGCACCCUGCGGCAGCAGCCAACGGCAGGGUCGCGCUCGUCGUCGUCUCCGGCAACGACUACUCCUACGCCGCCGACAAGGACAACAGCACAAGCCUGACACUUGCAAUGGCACGCAGGCCGCGAUCGCGUACAUCCCGAUUCCCGACGGUCGUAUGCUGCGAGACCUUCUUGAGCACCGCCGGCGGCUACUGCGGCCAGCAGGGCGACGACGGGACGAGGCAGUACGCGCUGUGCCACGACCCAAGCAAACACUUCUACUGGGACGUCGUCCACCCCACGCAGGCCGCCUGGGCCGCAGUCGCCGAGACUUUCAGGCCUAAGAUCCGCGAGUUCCUCUCCAAUUCAUUCCAACCCUUUUCAGUUUCUGUUGACACAUAA